CCUUAUGAAAUGCCCCCCCCCCACUUUCAAAAACGUUCUGCCGUCGUUGAAUUUGGAUAUAUUAUUUUCAAUGCUCAGUAUAUACUGUGCUUGUAUUAUGUUAAACAGUACAUGAUUCGAAUUGUAAAAAAGUUAAUUUAGAAACAUUUGUUUAAAUUUUAUUUGCAUGCUUUAAAACCUGAAUUUGUUAUUAAUUAGAUUUGAGCUUCAGCAAAGAAAUCAGGAAUUCCUACGCCCUCCAAGUAUUAACCACUGACCUGGGAACAGAGAAAAUGCAAAAGUAUUUCAUGAGGAAAGGUAAACUGAGAGGCAAACAUGAGGUCGAAAAGUUUCUCUCAUGGCAGAGAAAAAAUGGACCUUUAAAGGAUGUAGACUUUGGAGACGAAGCAACAAAGAUUUUCACAGCAGAUGUGGACAUCGACUCGUUCGAUAUUACCAUCCUGAUGUCCUUAAUUCAACACUGCUUUAGUCCUCAAGGCGAUAAAUUCUGGGAGCAUCCACCAGAUGUUCAAGACAAGUCUGAACUGGCAAAUUUGAGACGCAUUCAACUGUACAAAGAAAGCACUCUAGACUGCAGUCAUAGCAACAGGACUACAGAUGUAGAGUUUGAGAAACAGUGGAAGGAACUUGCCACGAUCUUUAGAAAUAUCGGAGUUCCCAUUGAAGACAUUCAGAAAUACCACAAGCUAAGCAUAGCACUACCAGUUAGAGGAUUUGAGCAGGAAAACGUUGAAGAAAUCAGAAAUUUCCAAGUUAUUCUAUCAGCUGUCGUUUAUGUCGGCACUGUAACUAUGAGGGAAUACUUCUUGGAGGUUGCUAAUCAAAGCAAGACAAAACAAAACAAGGCUACUAAACUAGACAAAAAAGAAGUUGGACAAUAUCUGAUGAAUGAGAAACGAAAAGGUAGCUUCAAAAAUGUAAAAAUUACUCCUGAGCAGAACGCAAAGAUGUUCACACCAACAGCUGACAUUGACACGUUCGAUAUCUCAAUUAUGUAUUUGAUAAUCCGUAACUGUUGUUGUAGCAUUCCAUACUCAUUUUGGAACAACCCAGAUAGACUGACUAACUUGGUACACAUCCAUCGCUACAGGAACACAAAGCUUGCACAUUCUCCCAACAGUAAAAUGACAAAUAAAGAAUUUGAGAUCGAAUGGAAGAAAGUGAGAGCAAUGCUACACGCUGCUGGUGCUUCUUUAAAUGACAUUGACAAAUAUAUGGGGCUAAGAUUUAUAAACUAAACGAAUACGCCUACAGGCAUGGAAAGGCGAAACAGGUAUGGUUAGAUAUUACUGUACUAUGAUGUACAACACUCAACCGACGUCAUGGAACUGACUCACUGACGUCA